ACACGUUAGCGCGCUCGGCUGUGUAUGAAGGCCGCGCACGUCGAUGCACGCGGCCGCGCGCUCCCGACGGAGCGUACAGCAUCGCCCCGGAGGGCGCGACUACAAAAGCCGAGUCCAAACCAACCGUCGAACUUUCGCAUCCACCCACCACAAUGCCCGGAAAGCACGUACGCAUCGACGAGCGCCAGAACGAGUACUUCUCGCCGAAGCCAGAAGUUGUCGCUGUGCCCUCGCACCACCAUUCCAGCUGUACGGGGUCAUCGUCGUCGCGCCAUUCAGGUUCCUCGCACCACUCAAGCUCGAAGCACCGUUCCCCUUCGCCUCGCCCGGUCGGUAUUCACCGACUCCUCUCCGUGUCCUCCCCUGCGGUACUCCAGCUUGACCUGCGGCAGUCCGCGCGUAUCUACUUGCCCAGCAUCCCCUCGGUCUACCAGGCCCGCCCCGCCACCGAGCCGCCCCUCCCGCGCCUCACCAUCGUCUGCGCGCACCUCCCCUGGCGCAUCCACGUCGACGCCUCGAACGGGCGCUAUGUGACCGUCUUCGACGUCCUCGCCGCCCUCAGCCACACGCUGCGCACGCCCGUGACGGAGCCCGAGUUCCACCAGCUGCUCGGGCACACCGACCGGCGGCGCGCGGCGGCGGCGUACACGGAGCGCUACCGGCGCGCGGGGACCUCUGAGGAGAAGCGCGGGGGGCUGCGCCGCGUCGACUUCCUCAUGUCGCGGUACCACUUCGUGGGGCUCGAGCCCGUGCGCGGCCGUGGGGAUGCAUGGACGCUGUGCGUGCGGUGACAUGGGGAGGCGCCCUCGUCUAUCACCCAGGAGAGAUGAACAUCACCUUCAUCAUCAGGAGAGGCACGUAAGUGCCCACUAUCUAUCACAAGGAACUUCGCACCGGCCCUCGCCCCGCCUCCACGUCCGGCCUCCGCCCCGCUUCGUCGAGCCCGCCAUCCCACAUCCGAAUCUGUCGAACGGCCGUGAUGGCCAUACAUCUUCUCGCCGGUGUUGCGCGUCGACGCGCUUUCGUAUUCGCUUUUCUGUGUGUUUUCGUCGCUUCCGGCGAAUACUCUCGCGCCUCGAUUCUCGAAGUUCCCAAUGAUGCCUCCCAGGCCCAGGUGGCUGCUGGAUCGCCUUCAAUACAUUCAUCAUGUUCGGUGAAAUCCCCAGUCAC